AUGCGACCAUAGACGAGCGGAUGAAAGAGAUCGCCCAACUGAGUCAGAGUCUGUCGGAUAUGAGCAACGAUUUCCGCAAACAGACCGACGCACACCAUCAGAAAUACACCGAAGUUCGGGCACUCGAAAUGGAAAACGCCGAUUUGCAACGCGCCAAUCGUGCGUUGAUGGACCGGUUGAGGACACAGGAGCACUUGCAUGAGACAGAGGGCGCCAAUGAUACCGAAUCCACCCGACAGCACGUACAGAGAGAAGCUCUGUUGACUCGCAGGCUGGCGGAGGCCCAGGAAGAAAUCAACAACUUACGAUUGCAGGCGACUCGAGCGGCCAGAAGGAUGUCACCCACCACCACGCACAGCAAAACACACACACAGCAGUCUACCUACACCAUCAACACAGACGCCCCAGCCAAUGGAUCCCCAUACACACACGUGACGGAAUCAAAGAUGCACCUGAACAUUGAGCCACCCCGGACUAUGCACCCCAUACCAAACUAUCAGGACAGGACUAUGCACCCCAAACCAAAUUAUCAGGACAGGACUAUGCAUCCCAAGCCAAACUAUCAGGACAGGGCAUCCGCAUCUAUCUCCAGGGCUUUACACCGGAAGGAGAGUACAGUAAAGGUGGCCCGGGGCUACAGUCCAUCGCCUACGAACGACCGAAACACAGUGAACGACGGGACCUAUCAGCGUGACACGGGAGAUGUGGUGCAGGGGGACAGGCAGGCGCGCACUAUAACACACACUCCACGGAAUAGACCACCAUACGAACACGUACACGAGCACGCACACGAACACGAACACGCAGUGUACAGGCCGAAGGUACACGGACUAGAUGAGGUUCAUACAGACAGGUGGGCACCGGUACACACACCGCCACCGGCAGAGGCCAAGGCGCACACAUGGACGAGAGAGAGCCAGGCGGAGGGGCGCAGGGACGCGCAGGCGUAUGGCACCCAUCCGCGAACAAACGGACACGCCCCCGGUCCACAAAGAGAGGGGCAGGGGCAGGGAGAGACACAUGGGGGCGAACACAGGAAUUCGCGUAUCGACACACAGGCCCAGGGCAACUACGGCAGGUACGCGUACACCCACUCCCAGGAAAACGGACCCGGCCCCAAAAAUCAGCCCAGGGCCUAUCCGAGGCCUGCGUCCGCCACAUAUCUCACUGAUGGGCGGGGGUGCAGCGUGGAUGAGGAGGCAGAUGAGAUCUACUCCUUACCUACAGAUACCAGAUACCUAUCUACGGAUGCGGCACACGCACGUGUGCACAUCCCCUCGGAAUACCAGCACCCACGGGGACAGGAGGGCAUCGAGCAUCACUCAGUGUCGGAGCCUGCGUCGCCCCUGAGACAACUGCGCGAAUUGCGGAUCGAGGAUAUGUCUCAAAUGUCGGCCAACGGUGACUUCAAUGAACAAACAAUCAACACAACAUUCAGCUCCGACGGACAAAAUGGGACCUACACCGCAGACAUGAGACAAGGCCGCCCACGUCGACAUAGCAGGACAGAAGUAGCGGCUCACUCGUGGGACGACAGGGGAUCGGCCGAGGGCAGCGAGCAUGUGUGGGAUGUUGUGGAUGUGAGUGCCAUGGACCACGGAGACGAUAUCAACACCUCCAGCGCACGCGUGGAACAGAUGGGAAAUAUAAUAGAUAGGCAUAUAGCUGUGCUCAAGGACAAGUUCCAGCAGAAACUAGACAGCCAGAGAUGAGUGUGGGCUUAUUCUCUCAUAUGACGGAAUAAUGGGGCCGAGCAGGAGGAGUAUAGUCACUUCGGCGGCACACGAGAAGAAAGCGAAUGGUAUCACAGGCGCAGUGCAUGCAUGACUGGAAGUGAGGAUGUUGGUAAUUAGACAUAGCACAGCUUACAGUUGUGGUUCGCGAAGGGAAAUGCUUCAUGAUACACGGUAGAAUUCAAGCAGACAUAUAUAUCUCAUGUAGCUGAGAUGUGUAUGCAGGUAUACGGAUGCAUAUAUAAACAUUUGCACAUACAUAUGUGUGUGCAAAUGUGCAUUCGUACGUAUUUGUAUUAGUAUGUAUGUGUAUGGACUCGUUUAUAAACAUUUGCACGUAUACAUGUGUGUACACACGCGCAUUCGUACGUAUGUAUAUGUGUGUUCAUGUAUACGGACUCAAAUAAAUAUAUAUAUAAGCAUUUAUAUAUAUAUAUAUAUACAUAUACAUUUGCAAUGUGCAUGU